CGCACGGCGAGGCGCGCCCCUGACGGCGGUUGAAAAAUGGCGACUGUCGCCGAGCUGAAGGCUGUUUUAAAGGACACGUUGGAGAAAAGGGGAGUAUUAGGGCAUUUAAAAGCAAGGAUCCGAGCUGAAGUUUUCAAUGCCCUAGAUGAUGAAAGCGAAUCCCGACCAUCAUUGUCUCAUGAAAACCUUCUAAUUAAUGAACUAAUUCGGGAGUAUCUGGAGUUCAACAAAUAUAAGUACACAGCAUCUGUCCUCAUAUCAGAAUCUGGUCAGCCUGUAGUUCCAUUGGACAGACAGUUUCUCAUCCGUGAACUAAAUGCAUUUGAAGAAUCAAAGGAUGAUACAAUGUAAGAAGUUUUUUUAAGUAAAGU